AUGCAGUUCAAAUCAACUGUGAUAGUGACCGUGGUGGUGGUGAUGGCUCUGUUGGCCGGUUCGGUGAGGAGGUGCGAUGGCGCAGCGGCGUACAAUCAGAGCGAUUUGGAUUACCGAAGCGGGCGUUUCCUGUUCGAUGCACUGUUCGGUCUCGAAGGAGCUGCAUUUUCACUAGAUGACGACGGACCUGAUUUGAGCACCAAUCAGGUCAAGAGCUGCGACUGUGAAUGCGGCACAGCCAACCAAGAGACUCGAAUCGUCGGCGGGCGGCCAACCGGCGUCAAUCAGUAUCCAUGGCUGGCACGACUGGUGUACGACGGACAGUUCCACUGUGGAGCCUCCCUGAUCACGCGGGAUUACGUUCUUACGGCAGCGCAUUGCGUACGCAGGUUAAAGCGCACUAAAAUACGAGUGAUCCUCGGUGAUCACGACCAGUUCCUAACGACGGAAACACAGGCAAUACAGCGCGCUGUGACGGCCAUUAUCCGGCACCGGAGCUUCGAUCAGAAUUCCUAUAACCACGAUAUAGCACUGCUCAAACUGAGAAAACCGGUCGAAUUUACCAAAACAAUCAAACCGGUGUGCCUGCCGAAGGACCGUAGUGAAUUUGCCGGUAAAACCGGAACCGUGGUUGGCUGGGGUAGAACGUCCGAGGGUGGAACGCUGCCGGGGAUCGUUCAACACGUGGAUGUUCCUAUUUUGACGCUAGAGCAGUGCCGCAGCAUGAAGUAUCGAGCAUCGCGAAUCACAUCCAACAUGUUAUGCGCCGGUAAAGGAAAACAGGACUCCUGUCAAGGUGAUUCCGGUGGACCGCUGCUGGUGCGGCACGGAGACAAGCAUGAGAUCGCUGGUAUCGUUUCCUGGGGCGUUGGGUGUGGCCGAGCAGGCUAUCCGGGAGUUUACACCAGAGUGGUACGAUAUUUGCCCUGGAUACGUGCCAACAUGGAGGAGACCUGUUUGUGUACAAAGUAG